GAGUUUCGCGUCGCGGUGCGCGGCCGCCUCGUCACUUCGCGUCUGAGUACCGUCGCGUACGGACGUGUAGACGGAGCAACGAACUAACGAACGAACGAACGAACGAAUGUACGGACGGACGGACAGACGGAGCAAAGCGAGCGAGUGGAGUCGCCGCUGAUCAGCCAGCGCGGUUGCGCGUAGCUACGUUGAACCGUCGCGCCGCGGCGGGGGGUACGGACUCUCAGUGCACGACUUGACGCAGCGGCGAACGACACGAGGGAGACCGACCCCGCGAUUGACACGCGCACGCUCGCGCCAAGGAGGCAUUAUAAUCCGACAUCCCCGUGGAAGAGAAGUGUUCCGCGCGCGCGGACGAAGAGUCGCAGCGAGAAUCGAGAGUCUCGACGGCACGCCGCACGCGUGCAACGGAUCGAUCGUUCGUGACACAUCGAGCCCGCCGAGUUGUGAGAGAUUCCGGAUAUCGGGAAUCUUGUUCUUGUUUUGUGUGAAACGCUACUCUCCGCGCGUCUCUCAAAACGUUACUCUCCUCUCUUCUUCUCCCUCUUCUCAUUCUCGCGAGUCUCGUAUAUAUAUCUCGCUUUUCCUUUCUCUCUUUCGCGUGUAUAACAUUUCGAUUACAACGAGUCUCAACGACGAAGACGACGGGAAAGACGUCGACGACGGACUGGCCUGUGGCCUCAUGAGUGUCACGGAUUGCGACGUCGCAUCGCUCCGAGUGGACGACUACCAGUCGCGAGUCGCGAGGAUUUCUCCGCGCGGAUCAUCGGCCGGCAGCCCUCUCGUCCUCCCAUUGACGGCGCCGUAGUUGAGAUCACGAUGACUAUGGACGUGAGCAAAUCCGAGACGAAUAAAAAUGAAUGCGCCGGCUGCGGGAAGACAAUUACGGAGAGAUACCUCCUCAAGGCCCUGGACCUCUACUGGCACGAAGACUGCCUCAAGUGCGGAUGCUGCGACUGUAGGUUAGGCGAGGUCGGCUCUACCCUCUACACCAAAGCUAAUCUUAUCCUCUGUAAGAGGGACUACCUCAGGCUCUUCGGGAACACGGGAUGCUGCGCGGCAUGUAAUAAGCAAAUACCGGCGUUCGAGAUGGUCAUGAGGGCCAGAACGAACGUCUAUCAUCUCGACUGUUUCGCCUGCCAGCAGUGCACUCAUCGGUUUUGUGUAGGCGAUCGGUUUUACUUGUGUGAGAACAAGAUUCUCUGCGAGUACGACUACGAGGAGAGGCUAGCGUUCGCUAAUAUGGCGUUACAAUCACCCGCCUCAUUAGCAUACAUUAAAAGACAACUCCCUCCUACACCAACGCCUCCGGGCCAAAACAUACACCCAGGACACAAUCCACUCCAGGCUCAUCAAGGUCUGGGGCAGUCGGUGGCCCAGCACAAUCAUGUGCCCAACGGUCAAAUGUCAGGUGGCACGCCGACGAUGAACGGGACGACUAUAGGGGUUGGCGGACCGAGGGCACCGGGUGAUAUGAACAACAACGGUCUGUCUGGGCCCGCCCUCGGGCCCGUGAAGCCACCCCCGAUGUCUAUGCAGGCGCCAACCAGCUGAAACGAGGCUUCGCCGCCUCUGAAGAAGCUCAGGUGUCUCAGCGGUUAUUAAAACGGGAGUUCUCUUCGCUCGUGGAAUAUAAUCCAUGGAUUCCGGGCAACGGAAAAGCAGAUGAAAGGUAUACGUUGCACCAAGAAUGACGGAAUGAACAAAGAAAAAAAGGGUUGAAAGGAGCGAUAGAGAGACCGAGCGAGGGAUGUGAAUGAAGGAGGGAGGGACGGAAAUGUUAAACGCGCGAGGAAUCGGACGAACUUCGAAGUGGAAUCCGAGGCUUCGUGGACAAAGUGAUGAGUCUUGGGAGAUUGAAAUCACUGUGAUCGUGGAAAAUGAACACAAAUUUAACGGAAGUUAAUGUUAAUACAGUGUAGGACACGCGCGUGGCGCGAGCUGGAGCUCGACACACCGUAUUUACGCAGGCAUACAGGUACA